GCGGCUGCACACGCCCGGUCAUCGGAUCUCGAUCUAUCUCACCUCCGGCAACGUUUAAAGACAGCUACAGAGUGUCUUGCUUCUGGAAUGAAGCGCAUUACGCUUCAAGCCCCGAGAAGGGCUCCUGGCUCAGUGUGCCAACUCUGCCAAUUUUCGAGAUCCUUUCCCCGUCGACACAGAAGCCUUCAUACUCGUUCAAUUCCAACAUCUCCCCGAUCAAACAUCCUAGACUCAAAUGGACCCCAACGACGGAAUUUCGGUCCAGCAUUUAAUUUGCAAAAUGGAAUUGCGCGAAGUUUUGCAUCAGGCGUUGCUAGCACGAGUACUCGUGGCGACCCUGAGGCCAUGUUUCAGGAAGUCUUGAAAGAAUUUAAUACCCUAACCUCUUCCCCGCGCGUUCCACCUGAGGAAGCAGUCGGCCAAUUCCUGCAACGCUGCAACGAGCUUGUGAAAAUCACACUCACAAUCAGCUACAAGACAGUUUCACAUCCCUCCCCGCGAGGCGAUAAUAGUGCCACGUCGUCCCUCCUAGAUCUAGACGUAGAAAACGGUGGGAAUGGAACCGCAUCGGACGUACAAACCGCGCCUAAAAAAUCAAAGAAAACGCCCUCGCAAAACCCAAACCUCCAAUCUAAAAUAGCAACUGAAAUAUCAUCAAUGCUAAAUAACUUCCUCCGAGAUCCCAAAAUUUUCAUUUCGCCAGAUGUCCUCCGUCAAUACACGCUGCUGCAGUCACAGCUCAAGCAAGCCGACAACUUCCCCGAAAUCUUCUCACUUUACGCCACGAAACCGAUUCCUAACGAUAACGGCUCCACCAUCACCUACCAUAAACCUAACCCCAAAACUGUCAAGAACGCAAUCCCGCAAGACCUUGCAAACAUCGCCCUCGACACAGCCAUUGAGAAAAAGAACCUACCCCUCUGCCUCGCCAUCAUCGACGAAUCCUUCUGCAAACAAGCCUACUACCGAUCCAAGAUAUUCCGCAAAGCUGCCCUGCCAUUGACAGGUCUAGCUACUGCCCCAACAGCGGCUUAUGCUGCAUCAUCAUACAUAUCGACCCUCCAAACGGCUAUGGAACCCAGCACUGCACUCUGGGUGUCGUUCUCCGCAAUUCUUGCCUAUAUAGGCUUUACGGCGUCUAUUGGCAUGGUUGCGAUCACCACGGCGAAUGAUCAGAUGAUGCGCGUGGUGUGGAUACCGGGCAUGCCGCUGCGGGAGCGUUGGUUGCGCGAAGAGGAGCGUGCGGCUAUGGAUAAAGUUGCGGUGGCGUGGGGGUUUAAGGACCCGAGGAGGAUUGGGGAGGAGGAAGGGGAGGAGUGGGAGAGUCUGAGGGAGUUUAUUGGGAUGCGGGGGAUGAUUUUGGAUAAGACAGAUUUGAUGGAGGGGAUGGAGUGAGUGGGAAAUGGUAGCUGGGCAUAUCUGUGUUUUGAUUUCAUAAAUUGUCAAACACGGAUUGUAUGCUGUAUGUAUAAAUAAUUAUCACAUUUACUCAUCUUAGAAUUGUUCUUCAAGAGAUAUGGCUGCGGAUGCCUGCCUACGUUCCUAAACAAGGGCAGAGGGCAGGAAAAUAUAGCUAGCUCUACGCUCAUGAAUAAAAAGCUACUAAAUCCAAGUGUAAUUCAGGCGGGACAAUCAUAUUUGAUUAACGUAUAUUCUACAUAUACCUAAUUCCGCCCAACUUGACACCAAGACAUCACAACCACGCAACCCAACGCGAGAGAAAAGACAGCAGCGCAAAAGGAACGCUUGCAUCUAAUACAAUCUCUUUGGCGGGGACAUGGAAGCCUUGAUGGUCAAG